AUGACGACACGUAAAGAUUCGUUAGAUGAAAGCGUUAAAAGCGAAUCAAGUGUAAAACAAGUGAAAGCAAAAAGAUUGGGUACUAUUUCAACAGUUUUAAAAAUUAUUGAAGAAGAUGGGAUUAUGGCCUUCUGGCAAGGUGUUAUCCCCGCUUUGAUUUUAGUAAUCAACCCAAUUAUUCAAUAUACUUCGUUUGAGCAAUUAAAAGUACAAUUAGAGAAAUUCAAGAAAUUAGGGAACCUUGACUUUUUUUUAUUAGGUGCUACCAUUUAUAAAAAUGUAGAAGUUCAACAAGUUAAUAUUGCAGCGACUUCUGGUGAUAUGGGUAUUUUGGCUAGUCAUGUACCUUCAAUUGAACAAUUGAAACCAGGUGUCAUUGAAGUAAUUGAAAAUGCAAAUACUACGAAAAAAUUUUUUGUUAGUGGUGGAUUUGCUAUAAUCAAUCCCAAUUCCUCGCUUGACAUUAAUGUCGUGGAAGCCUUUCCUUUGGAAGAAUUUUCACCCGAGCGAGCUGCGACAUCCGGAUCUUCAGAAGAAGAAAGGAAUAUCGCAAAGGUUGAAGUCGAAGUUCUUGAAAGUUUACAGAGUGCAUUAAGCAAAUGA